GUGACAGCCGCUGCUGCCAACUUUACUAAUCGACCCAGAAGCCCACCAUGCCAUAAACAAAAACAAACGAAGUAGUCUUUUGACACCUUUCAAACAACUUAAUCGUUCUUUAUAAACAGCGAGUCCUCGUUUAUCAUGCGAUUUAUCAUUUCUUUACAUUUAUGAUGUACAACGUGUUGGAACAAAGAUGGAAAGCAAACUAAAAGGAUGGCGAAGCAACCGUAACGUUUUGAAGUUGAUGCAAUGUAGAGAACUCAAUUCAGAAGCAGCCAAAGUCCUCAAACAGCGCUCGCAGUUCUCUGACACGUUCAUCAAAAGGUUAGGACUUGAGGCUGAGCUCGAGGGCCACCAAGGCUGCGUCAAUUGCCUGGAGUGGAGCCCCAAUGGACUCCACUUGGCGUCCGGAUCAGAUGACACUAAUGUCAUCCUGUGGGACCCUUUUAGGCAUAAGCAGAUCGAUGUCAUCCCGACGCCCCACAUUGGCAAUAUAUUUUCAGUGAAAUUUUUAGCCGAUGAACAUGUUAUUGCGACAGCAGCGGGGGAUUGUCGAGUGGUUGUGCAAAGUGUGGUGGGGGCUCUGGAUAAAAGCGCCCCCUUGCUGGACUGUGCCUGCCAUAUAGGACGGGUGAAGAGGCUCGCGACGGCCCCAGAUCAGCCCACGUUGUUCUGGUCUGCUGGAGAAGAUGGGCUUGUUGUACAAUACGACAUGCGCGAGCCCCACGAAUGUCCCACUCAAAGCAAAGUCCUAAUCGACUUAAGUUUCAAAUCGGAGAUCAAAUGCAUCGCUGUGAACCCCACGAAGCCCCACUACAUUGCUAUAGGAGCCAACGACUGCUUUGUGCGUCUGUACGAUCGACGCAUGAUCAAAGUUUCAAUGGCGAACUUGUCGUUCAACCCGUCGAAGCGUUCGCCCCCGCAGCCCCAGAACAGCGACUGCGUCCAGUACUACGCCGCCGGUCACCUCGCCCGCGAGAACGCGGGUGUGAUGAGCAUCAAACUGUCCGUGACGUACGUGGCCUUCAACUCCGCCGGCUCCGAGAUGCUCGUGAACGUCGGCGGCGAGCAGAUUUACCUGUUCGACGUCAACAACAACCGCCACAUCAACGAACUGAUGAUCCCACAGUACCUGCCGAAGCGGCCCCAGUUGUCGUACAAGAGCUGCUGCCAACCUAACGGUCUUUGCGAUGCUAACGGUAUCAGUGGUGACUUGUUCGAGCGCAGCGACGACUGCGCAUGCUUCUAUAUGAAGAGGGCGCUUAAGUCGUACCAGAGGAAGUGGAUGAGCGACCUGUAUGGGGCCGCACGGGACUACCUCCAUGUUAUACAGUACUGGCCGGACCACAAGCAAGCCUAUAUUGGGUUAAUCAAGUGUUUGAUAGCGCUGAAGUGGAAGGAGGAAGCGGGGACGUGGCUGAAGUACUUCGUCAAGGUGUACCCAGAGGUGGAGAACACGGCGCAGGUGAAGCUGUUAGUGGAGGAGUUGCAAGGGGUGAAGGUGAUGGGGGUGAAGAUGGAGGAGGUGUGGCCGAAGAAGGUGGAUGAAGACGAGAAGAAGAUUAGGUUGGAUUCGUACGAUUUCGAGAAGAGGUAUCUGGGGCAUUGCAACACGACGACGGAUAUCAAGGAGGCGAAUUUUCUAGGAGACGACGAUAGCUAUAUUUGCGCAGGCUCAGACGAAGGGAUCAUCUUCAUUUGGGAUAAGAGGACUAUGGAAAUAGUUAGGGCUCUCUUUGGAGACAACUCGAUAGUUAAUUGCAUUCAACCACACCCCAGUGCCUGUGUUGUAGCUUCUAGUGGCAUAGAUACAGCUGUGAAGAUUUGGUCGCCGAGUCCGGAGGACGGGAAAUUGAACAGCCGCAUCGUAAAGAGCAUCCCCACGGUGGUGGAGACGAAUCAGCACAGGAUGUGCAUGGACCCGUUCGAGUCGAUGCUCGCCAGUAUGGGUUACCAUAUCGAAGGUGGCGCUCUAGACGGAUCGUCCAUUCAAGAAGUACCAACGUGCCGACCUAGUUGAAUUUUUUUCUAACCCUUUUAAAGAUUUAGCUUUUAUUAGAUAUUACUGUAUUAAACGUUUAUGACGGAAUAAAUUCAGAUAUUGUUUGCAAUAA